AUGUCGCUGUUGCCGGAUGAUAUUCUACCUGACAUUCUUUCUCGGUUGCCUGUUAAGAGUCUACUCCGUUUUAGUUUUAGGUGCGUAUCUAAAUCUUGGCUUGCCCUAAUCAGUUGCCCUGAUUUCGUCUUUUUCUGCGUUCUUCAACCGGCUGUGGUCAAUAACCAUCCGUUGAAUAGUUGUCCUGUGAUGACUUUAAUUAUGGAAUUGUGCCAUGGGAAUUAUGAUUGUGGAAUUAUGUUGUACGGGUCUUGUGAUGGCUUACUCUGCAUGUCAGAUGCCAAUUCCAUUAACGAUUUCUUUAUUUGCAACCCAUCAACUAGAAAGUCUAAAAAAUUACCUUACGAAUCGGUUGAAUUACCAGAUAUAAAUAACAUUUUCUACGACUGUAUUUAUCGAUUUGGUUACGAUAACACCAACGAUGAUUACAAGGUUGUGAGACUUGCGUUUCGUCAAAAAACUUUUAGAGGAGACAUCGACGAAUAUGAGGUGAAGGUUUAUAGUUUGAAAUCAAAUUCGUGGCAUAGGCCAGAGAAGUUUUCUCAAUGUCCGAAGAUGGGGAGCUUUGGAGAUUCAAUAGCUGGUGGAGCUCUGCACUGGAUCUCAUAUGUGAAAACAGCUACACCAAAGAAAAGAUUGAUUGUUGCUUUUGAUCUUGGAACAGAGAAAUAUAGAGUAAUUCCACAACCAAAAUACGCUGGCCCUCAUUUCUUUUUAUAUUUGAAUAAUUUAGGUGGAUGUCUUUCAUUGAGUUGUCAGUACGAGUCAUCGGUUGUGGAAGUAUUUUUGCUGAAAGAAUAUGGUGGAGAAAAUGAGCAUUGGUCGAAAUUGAUUACAAUAUCACCGACAAAUCCUUUUGUAAUUUUUUACACUGUGAAACCUAUUACUUAUUCAAAAUGUGGUAAGAAAGUACUUUUGAACAUUAAUUCGAGCCUUAUUUGGUAUAAUUUAGAACAACAGUCAUUUGAGGAAGUUAGGGUUCGUGGUAUGGAAGAUAUAACUCAAGUACAAACUUGCCUUGAGAGUCUCGUCUCUGUCGAUUUUCCACCAGCUGUGUGUAUCUCAUACUAA